GCAACUUCAAAAUUUGAGGGGGAAGAUUUCUCUCUCGACAUCUACGCGCUACUUUAUUGCAGCACGUCUUAUAUCUCCAUGAACACUAAUUGCUGACAUAUUCUCCGUUGACGAAUAUAAACGUGGUAGAAACGCCCCCUAAAAGUGCAACGUCAUGGAUACGCACGGACGCGCUAUUACGCCGCUCAAAUCAUUAACCCUAGACCUCCCCCCAAGCUGUAUCGAAUUCUGUCCAGGUCAUCCGGACUACUUUGUUGUUGGCACAUAUAACUUACAGAAAGAAGAUAACGCAGAUACGAGCGUUUUCGCUGGAGAUGACCAAGAACAACAACAACAAGUAAAGAAAACUCAGACUCGAGAUGGUAGUCUUGUUCUCUUUAAGUUGUCAGAGACUGCAGAUAUAAAACACGUACAAACUGUUCUCUACCCUUCUGCUCUCCUUGACCUUCAUUUUCAUCCUAGUCGAGAAAGCUCUACCGUGCUAGCUGUCGUUUCUAGUACUGGAAGCCUGUCAUUCUUUAAUCUUUCCGCUUCAGAAGAACAUCCAGCUUCCUUAAAGGAGAUCGUUACUCACAAGCCACUUGGUGAUGAUGAGGGAGUUCUCCUCCUAUCAUGCUCGUGGCAUCCACAUAUUCCUGAGCUCCUAGCAAUCACGACCUCGAACUACGAAGUCCAUAUCCUGCAUGUUACUGACUCGUGGGAUAUUUCUAAGACGAGUGAUGGGCCUGUGAUAACCCACACUCUUGAGGCUUGGACUGUGGCAUUCUCAUCGUUGACACCAAGCAGGCCUAGCUCGAAUGCGGCAGGUUCUCCAGAGGAACGCUCGGAGCAGUUUGCAGUAUUCUCAGGUGGUGACGAUUCUAAGCUCCUUACUACAAAUUGUGCAUAUUACUCAGCUCGCAUUGACACUGAAGAGAGCCUGGUUGAGGCUUCAUACCCGCCAAUUGCGUUCAAGGGGCAUGAAGCAGGCGUCACUGCUAUACUCCCCCUAAAUCUGCAAGUUUCAUCGCUUGAUUCCGUGGUUGUUACUGGAAGCUACGACGACCACAUUAGAGUAUAUUCGUUCGAUGAGCAGAGAAGGGGAAUGCCUCCUUACAGAGCCAGAUUAUUAGCAGAGCAGAACUUGCAAGGAGGUGUAUGGAGGCUUAAACUGAUAAAAUUAGAAAAAGCUACGGAGAACACCAGGGGAGUCAGCCAGCGUUGGAAAGUCUUUAUUCUUGCCUCAUGCAUGCAUGCGGGGUCACGGGUACUUGAAAUCUCAGGUGAUACGGAGACUGAACUUUGUGAGAUCAAAAUACUCGGACGGUUCGAGGAGCACAGGAGUAUGAACUACGGGAGCGAUUUUCAACCGGGUUCCGAAACGGGAGGUAGAAAUCUCCGGUGUGUAUCAACGAGUUUUUAUGAUAAGUUAUUGUGUUUAUGGGAAUAUUAAUCUUUAUUAUACACUUAUACACAAUCUCUCUAUCUUCAAA